CUCUACGCAAAAAUGACCAUCGUAAAAAGCAAUACAACCGACGCAACUAAUCCUGCGGAUAACGCCAAAUCGCCUCUAUCAUCAUCAUCGUCAUCAUCCUCCACAUCCGACUCGGACGAUGGAUCGGAUUCGUCAAGCGAUUCCGACUCUUCGUCGGCGUCCACGAGUAAGGCCAGCAGCAAGAAAAGCAGUGGAGGUGUACCACCAGAAAAGCCCCAACAGUUUAGUGUUAUGAGUUCCGAUAGUGCCGGACUUCGAAUGAAAAUAGCCAUUCCUCGAAGCCAAUCCAAUGCGACUCCAACGCCUUCUCCAACGUCGCUCGGCUCAAAUCACCUCCAGCAGCAGCAGCAGCAACAACAGCAACAGCAGGAUCUCCCAUCACCUUCGGGUGCAACUGAUCGGAGACAGAAAUCGGCUGAGAAUCCUUCAGGUGAAGCAUCAACUGCUCCGUUAACGGUGCCGCCACACGCUACCGCUAGUGAUCCAAGUGCGAAAAAAGCAUCCAGCGCGAACAGUGAAAACAGUGCCAUGCUGGAAGGUUCAUCGAGCCGCAGUAGAACACCCACCACUCAACAAGUCUCUACGGAAGGAGCUGUCAAAGUUCAUAGGCAGCAUGGCAAAGUAUCCGAUAAAAGGGUUCACGAGCAGCGGCUAAGAACACUUCACCCCAACAAAGCCACCAACAAACGUUCCUCCUCGGGGAAUAGUGGAAGCGCCGGACGAACGAAAAAAAGUGUCAGCGAAAGUGAUUCCAGUUCGCCCAGCUCAUCCUUUUCGUCGUGCACGAGCAAUAGUGAUAGCGAUUCGAGCAGUACCGCUGGUGACAAUGGUAAUCGUAAGGCGGGCGAUAAAGCUAAACCAGCGACAGGAGCACGAACUGCCGCAACAAGUGCAAGGUCAGCGUCGGCAACCGGCGUAGCGACUGGGAACGCUAACGCAGCGUGCAAGAAGCAGAAAAUUCUCAAACGGAAAAAGGCCAAUCGAACCAUUUCAUCCAGCAGUAGCGAUGAAGAGGACGACGACGAACACCGCAGUGGACGUAGCGGAAGCAAAAGUGGUGCGGCGAGUCGAACGAACGAAUUCACUAGCUCCGAUUCUAGCUCCUCCGACGAGGAUGGGAAAGGAUUCUCAUCCGCCCGAACAAAGACGAAGAGCUUACCAAAUUCGAAACUGUCCGGUGCUGGUUCCACCGCAAAAGCUGCUAAAGAUGGUGGACUUUUAACGAUGGCAACAGGUGGAGGACUGUUGCUUAGCAGGCCACCACUCUCGACAUCUACACCGGCAAAACAACAUGGAGCUUUUCCACCGUCGUCAUCGGCAGGAGACGGAGGACUUACGGCCGAGGGUGGUUCGUGCUCUAGCGACAAUGAACUUCCGGCUCUAGUCAGUGCAGCGAUACGCCGUGUGGAGAGCGGAUCGGAUGCGGAAAGUAUCCGUGGACUGUCCGCUCCGACGCAACAGUACACGUCCAGCUUGUUACGAGACUUUGUGGUGAAAACACAAAUGCUUGGCUCCGUUGGUGGGAAUGCUGCUCUUGCGAGCGUUGGUGGAUCGAGCGGUAAUAGUGCUGGAGGUGGUAAUGGUGGUGGUGGUGGAUCACCAUCCUCAUCAUCUUCAUCGUCCUCUUCAUCGGGAUCGUCAUCCUCAUCGUCAUCUUCUUCAAUGGAAGAGGGAGCAGAUCCGGCGAUAGGAAGUGCUGGCCCAGGGCCGGGUGGUGGUGGUGGUGGUGGACAGUUCGAAUUGGAUGUGCGUAAAAUUAAGACUGAAUCUCCCGUAACAUCUUCCGCCGGUCGCAGUACGCCAAUGGUAAACGGUGUUACGGCAGGCAUGAAAUCCGAUUUACAAGUGCCACUGGCUCCAGUCGCGAAGCGUCGUGGUAGGCCUCCAAAAGCUAGUUUAACGGCUGUACCUCCUGCAGUUGCUGGAGCAAGACCGUCCGCUUCUUCCCGCUCGGUUUCCAUUCCGACGGUGAUUGAAUCGCCCGAUUCGGGAAUUCUUUCUACGCAUAGUUCUACUGGUUCGCCGAAAACGGAUAAGACGAGACCCAGUUCACACGCGAGAACCGCCAGCAUUGGAACCAGCAGUUCGUCCUCGACUCGCCGCAGUAAAUCGGAAGUUCGAAGUGGAGAUUCACCCAGUUUGAAUACGAUUCUUCCAGCCGGUGGAAACACACUACUGGGACCACCACCUUUAUCAUCAUCAUCCGGAGGUAGUACGCGAACGUCAAGUGCGGCUUAUUCGCUCUCCUCCUGCCUCGAUCGAAACACGUACGCGACCGAGCGCGUUCUUUAUCCUCCUCGAGGACCAAAGAAGCGUGGAGUUGGUCGUCCCCCGAAGAAGGACACGGCAGCACAGCAGCAACAAUCAUCCAUUUCCGGUAGAGCUUCGGUGAAUGGACCACAGUCACAACCAGAGGAUCGUCUCGAUCCUCACUGGCAAAAGAUUGACAUAAGCAAAAAGUUCCGCGAACCGAGUCUUAGUGGCUAUAAGAGUGAUGGUGGACAUUCGACGAUUUGUUGCAGUAAGCGAUUGGCCUCGCAGAGUGGUUAUAUUAGUGAUUAUGGUGGUGUUGGAGCGAGUAGCGGUCGAAGUCGCCUUUCCGGGUACAAAUCGGACUACAGUACACGGUCUAGAAGAAGUUGCAGUCGUGCUGGAGGCUACCGGAGUGAUUACGGAAGGGCAAAAAGCUGUGGUUAUCGAAGUGAUUGUAGUACCAGGCAUAGAAAGCAGGUACGGCGGAAAAGGCGCAAGAAAGUGGGCCAUCAGCAGCAGCAACUACACCAGCAUCCGCACGAUCAGCAGCAUCACAAUAAUAAUCUUAACGAUCGCAAGAACUACAACGCUUCGAGUGAUGGUGGUGGCGGAGGAAGCACAAAAUCGGCCUCAGUUGGGGAGCUGGAAAUCAUGUUUAUGGCCGGACUGACACUGGGAAGUACGAGCGAUGAGGAUAGUAGCAGUACGAGCAGCAGCACAAGCAGUAGCAGUGCGGAAAGUCGUGAGAGUUUAUUUACGGAUCAUUCGGGGAUUGAUCGACCGGAAAGUUCGAUUGACAAAGGUAAACGGACAUCAGGGAUGCCUGAGAAGGGCCGGAAAGAGGCUAGCACGAAGGAGCAGGAAAAACCGAAAACUAAGGCGCAGAGGACACCGAGAAAGCCAACGCCUCCGAAGACUGUCGCUAAAGGGCGCGUCGUUAAGGCUUCCACAAGAGCCACAAUUCGUGGUAAGAAUGCACCCUCCACACCGACGAUCGAUCGAAGAAGAAAGUCUGUUCACACAAAUUACAGCAAGGACGAGGACCAAUCGGACGAGGAUGCGAUCGAACGACGAUUUGUUGGAGAGAGGGUGCGUCCGAAAUCCUCACAAGCGAUUGUGAAGGAUUCGCCACCUCCGCCGCCACCAACUCCUAAACCUUCCAUCGCUGCGACAGCUUCCGUUGCCCUGAAGCAAAAAUCGUCCGCGAUGAUAAAGAAACCGGGCACUAGAGGUCGUCCACCGUCUGUGAAAAAACCACCCGCAGGAGCAUUGGGAACUACUGCUGCUGCUGCCUCUUCAAGUAAAUCGCUUGGAAGUCUAAAUGCUCUACUCGCUCCUAAGAAUCGAUCGACCCUUGUACUGCCUACCAACAACUUCGAUCGAGUCUUCGCCUCGAUGAGCAACAGCAAGAGUCUGCAGUCAACGGGUGGAGGGUCUACCAACGAGUCUAAAUCGGCUAUCUAUACCUUCUCCAGUUCAACCGUAGGCUCAAAAAACGCUUUUGCGACGUUUUUGCAACGUGGCGCAUCGGAAGGUGGUCCGAAGGAAGACAACGACGACGGCGGGAAGUUAAUGACGGUCAAGAAACUUCCCCUAUCGAAAGCGAACGUGAUCAAAAACUCGGAGGAGUGUAAUCGUAGGUUUCAAAAGUCAAGCUCUUCGUUUGCAUUAACUGUCGGUGGUGCUGGUGGGAUUGCUGGAUCGGUUGAUCUGCUGGCACGAAUCGCGGACGGUACGAUCCCUAAAGCUUCUCCAACGAAAUCGGUCUGUUCGAAGCGAAGUCGAAGGAAGAGUUGUACCAGCGAUCGGUUGGAGGUGAUGUCGGUGAAGAGCUACGGGGUGAUUGGUAGCUGCGGCAAGAUUCGACAACGACGGUUGAGUACGAUGAGCAGGUGUAGUAGCCGGUCGGCUGGUUCGAGGCAUGCUGCAGCUAGAAUGAGGCGGCGGAAGAAGCGUCUACGUUCGAUGUCCGUUGCACCCGGGGCUACGGCGGAUAUGCUCAACGCGGGGGGUAUUGCUAGCUCGUCCGGACUCGAUUUGAAGUUAAAUGUAGAGAUCGAUCGUCUGAGCGAAAGUUUUAAUGGAAUGUGUCGUAUUGUUGGUGGAUCGAAUGAUUUAGGAGCAUCGGGGAAUCCUCCAGAAGACUCCGCGUCAGCAACAAGUUCUGCUCCUCCAGUAGCAGUAGCUGCAACAACAUCCUCCGGGAAAGGCCAUCAAACGAAGCGUUCAGUCAAGAAACGGAAAGCCUCGGAGCAUGUGACCGAUUCCCCAUCAACGACCGGAACAGGAAGUAACGCGGGGGGUGGUGCAACUGGUGGAAUGACAGGGAAUGGAGGUGGAGGAGGAGGCGGUGGUGGAACGGGCAAACGACGCAACAAGAAAUCCGUACCAACGCAGAGCCCGGACGAUCACAAGCUGCCGCUGAAGAAACGUCACUAUCUGCUAACGCCCGGUGAGAAAGGCAACAAUAGUGAUAACAACAGUGGAGUGGAUGAAGUUGCUAAUGGUGGCGCUAGUGGGCCGGGAGCUGCUGGAUCUGGUGGCGCAAGUUCGGCGAAUUCCAGCUUUGCCGGUAGCCAUACAGUGUUAAACCCUUGCGCUUUCACCAGCGGCCGAAUGUCGGCAAACUCUGGUGCGGCUGGUUCAUCCAUGUCCGGAGCAGCUACCAAGGCCGUCACGCCGAAAAAACGUCAUCUCUUGAAAUCUCCUGAGCCAGGGCCCGUUCCGACGGACACCGAAUUGCAGCUACAGCAGAUAAAAUCGAGUAACUCUCCUUUGACGAUCGUUAAUGGAGGAGCGACGGGUACGCUUGGAGAUUCUGGAAGCUCUCCGUCUGAUGGUUUGUCGGUUGGACGGAAAGGUACAAGUGAUUUCGUUACCGGCACGGGAAGUCCCUCCAGUAGCGUCGGACAUUCAAAUACUGGUUCUGGUGCAGGGAAGAAGAAACAUAAUCGACAACAGGAAGCAACAACAGCUUUGAGUCACACUGGAACGGCUGAAGCUCACAACUCUGCUGGAGGCCAUCACCAUCACCAUCAUCAUCGUACGACACCACCAGCCCGGCCGUCGGUCAUACAAUCGUCGGCCUCGGUGCCUCUCCCCUCCGGAGCUUCCUCCGGUGGGUUAUCUUCGUCCUCGACAGGCCCCCCGCCGGGAGUCUUUGAACCAACAGUGGAUCUGGAGCUAGUAAUACCACCUCCUUCAUCGAUCCCUUCACUUAUCGCCAAGGUAGAGAUGCUAGAUUCACCCCGUCUUGGCAAGGAUUCUACCGGUGCCAUCGGAUCUGGCAGCGUUACCACCAAACUAGAAUCGGACGAACUUCAAGUCUUAACUGCCGCUCAGCGAAAGGCGACAUCUGGCAGUGGACUUCUCUCAACCGUCACGGCAACGUCCUCUGCCUCCGAGAAGGUGCUCGAGAAGUUGCUAACCAAAACGGGCGCUCAUCACUUGCUGCUGAAGAAAAAGCGCAAGAAACCCAAUCGGACCGGUUUCCCAACGGUGAAGAAGAAGAAAAAGAAGCUCCCGGAUAGUGACCCACUGGAAGAAUCGGUGAUUGAUCUGAAGCCGGAAGUGGGUCCGGAUCUUUUCGAUUCAUCCAACCUAACGCGUCACGUACCUUCGGAAGCGGAAAAGACCCGUUUGAAGGAAAAACAACAACAGUCUGGCAAGAACGCUUCGUGCGAUCGUGUGCCAAAGGAGGGUGAACCGACGGAUAGCUUCAUCGAGCGUCAUACGGGCGUUGGUAGGCCUCGUCUAUCUGUGGUUAGUUUGGAGAAGUUACAGGGAAAACUACCACUCGCGGCAGGAACCCGCGAUGUGGCAACAACACCACCGGCGACUGGUGGUCGGGGUCGAAAAUCGGUCAUAAAUCCACUUGCUCCAGAACAUCAGCUGACGGCUAAAACACAGGAGAAAAGCCGUAAAGAGGAAUCAUCAACAGUUGUCCAGGGUAGGAAAGGAAAGAGGAAGCAUGAAGUACAACAGAUACUUCCGGAUACUACUACGAGCAAGCGUAAAGGAGCAGUGGACGUUGAGAUAUCCCCACACCGCUCGACAAAGGAACGUAAUCGCAGCAAGAGUGUGUCGGCGACAGCCGAACAGCAACAACUGCCGAACAUCGUACGGUUAAGUGAGACCCUAUCGAAGGGUGCGGCUAAGGAGAAUAAAGAGAACAGUAAGCUACCACCCGGUAGACCACCAUCCACUGCUGGGAAGAAAUCUAGCAAACCUGAACCCGUCUCGAGUGCCGAUACUUCUCCAGAGGGUGAUAGUGCCGGAGUUAUUCGUCGAACUCGAAGUUCCUCGAUAGCACUUGAUCCUUCAGAGGUUAAGAAGCUGCACCAAGAUGCUGAAGAUCCCACAGGAAAGGGUACGUCCCAGUCAAGUACGCCUGUCCGGUUACAUUCUGCGAUUGGUGGUAUUCAUAACGAAGAUUCCACGUCCCUAGACUCAAUGCCACUGUUGAAGCGUAUCCAUUCGCGGGCAAUAUCACGCUUGCAGUCAGUGUGUACGCCGACAGUGUUGCUAGAACCUUUAGCAACCUCUCCGAAAACUCCCGGUCGUCCAAGAGGCCGUCCACGAACAACUUCACCCAUUACGGCAACGGAAACUCCGCACUCGCCGACUACAGGACGUGGGCGUCCACGGACAGCACUGGCAAUCACUGGUAACACUUCGACUACGUCCUUAGAACGUGCUUCGUCCUCUCCACUAUCUUCACCAACUUCGAGUCCGAUUGUUGGAGUGGUGGCUGUUGCUGCAGCUGCUCUGGGCAGAAAGAAGCAACGCCGAGAUGGUCGUAAAUCUGUUCCUCCCGUCAUUGCCGAACCGAUCGAGAGCGCUCACCUAGCAACCAGAAUUAGCUCCUCCAAGUCUGUUACACCGACUCCACCACCUGGAACUGUGAUUCCAACGCGCAUGAAGCGUGGUAAGAGUGACGAACUACUACGUGCUCAUCAACUCGAAAAGCCCGCCAAGAAGGCUAAAAAGGACAGCGCCUCGACCGAAGCAUCCCCCGAUACGGUAUCUUCAGCAUCCAAGCGUCUCCCGAUCGUGGAACCUGUGGAGCCCGAAGAAACGGCCCACAUCCUCCAACCGGCUACCUCCACAGAAGAGCUAGAGCACGAUCCACUUCCACCGGAUGAGGGUCCUUCCGAUUUCCUACGGCUGAAUGAUACUCCAUCACCAACCUCUUCCGGAGAAGCACGUGAUCUUCCUGUCGGAGUGUCUGCUGGACGUGUUGCAGGCAAAAAGCUUCCACGGAAGAAAUACAUCUCCGCCGGUCUCUUCUCCGAUUGCUACAAGGACGAUGGUACCGGUGGGGAGGGUCGUUCGGGGCCGAAAACACUACCGGAAACGCUACUCCCGCCACCAGCGUACUGCGAGCGAUUUUUGCGACGUACGGUGCGUGACUUUCAGCUACCGUACGAUCUUUGGUGGUUGCAGGAGAAUGGAAAAUUGCCCGGCCGGAACUCUGUACCUAGCUGGAAUUAUCGUAAAAUUCGGACCAACGUGUACUAUGACGUUAAGCCGAACCCUUCGACGGAUAAUCCGCAGUGCAACUGUAAGCCGGACAGUGGUUGUCAGGAUGAUUGUCUCAAUCGGAUGGUGUACACCGAGUGUGUACCGGAGCACUGUCCGUGUGGAGAUCGUUGCCGAAAUACGAGCAUACAGCGCCAUGAGUACGCACCAGGACUGGAACGGUUCAUGACGGAGGAAAAGGGAUGGGGCAUACGAUCGAGAGAACCAAUCUGUAAGGGAAGCUUUAUCAUGGAGUAUCUUGGAGAGGUAGUGACCGAGCGAGAGUUCAAAGAGCGUAUGCGAACAUUGUAUCUGAAUGAUACGCAUCACUACUGCUUGAAUCUGGACGGAGGUCUUGUGAUCGAUGGACAUCGAAUGGGCAGCGAUUGUCGGUUCGUGAACCAUUCUUGUGCGCCAAACUGCGAAAUGCAAAAGUGGUCCGUAAAUGGAUUAUUCCGUAUGGCACUGUUUGCGUUGCGAGAUAUUCCUCCAAAUGAGGAGCUGUGCUAUGACUACAACUUUAGCCUUUUCAAUCCAUCCGAGGGACAACCGUGUCGAUGUGGAUCGGAACAGUGUCGAGGUGUGAUCGGUGGGAAGUCACAACGCAUCAAACCGAUUCCACUUGGCUCGUCUAGUGGCACAGCUGGUCAUCGCAAUCCACCAGAGACAGGAGCUGACACGGAUCCAACCAAGUCGGGUGGAUCCGAUGGCACUUCGGGAGGAAAUGGACCAGGAAGUGGUGGCGCUUUGGUAGUUGAAUUGAGUCCACGUAGUGCGGCGCGAUCUCGGAAACGACAGGCGAAGAAGAAUCAACCGAUCGUACAUCUUAACGGUACACCUCUACCAACAUUCCAUCCACCAACCGUCAAAGAACGUGCGCUGAUUGCCGAACAUCAUUGCUUCUUGUUGCGAAAUCUCAACAAGAUCCGUCGUCAGAAGGAACGAACGGCGGCGAUGGUGUCGGCAGGAGGUGGUGCAACUGGUGGUGCGGGGACGUCGGCCACGGAAGGCGGAACAGGUGUAUCUUCGGCAGCUGAUCAAGCUGGUAAGCCGUCAUUGGCAUCUCAGAUAUCAGCGCUGCGUUGUCCGCGCAAUAUACGCACCCGCGGACUCGCUUUCGUCGAGGACGACCCAGAGCUGGAGAAGACGGCACGGAUCGCUGUGGCCUUGAAGGAUAUAUGCACCGAAAUUGCCACUUUGAAAGAUGACAAAGGCCAACCCUACAUAAGCAAACUUCAACUUCCGUCGAAGAAGAAAACUCCACUCUACUACGAACGUAUCCCGAAACCGAUCGAUUUGACGCAAAUCGAAACUAACAUCGAGCAGGGUGUGUACCGCAUGCCAAAGAUCUUCGAAGAUGACCUACUGAUCAUGCUCAGUAACGCGAUCAAAUACUACGGCAUUAACUCACCCGAAGGGAUCGCUUCGGAAGCGCUCAAGUCUCACUACUACACAUGCAAGCAGCAACAGGUGCCGAAGCUGCAGGCCUACAUCGGUGAAGAGAACGAGCUGCUGCGUGGAUUCGUGCCGAAGAAGGAACCCGAAGAAGAUACUACUGCUGGCGCAUCGAAACCGAAACGCGGUCGUCGACAGGAGCAGACGGAAGAUAUAAUACGCUGCAUCUGUGGACUGUUCAAGGACGAGGGUCUUAUGAUUCAAUGCUCCAAGUGUCUCGUCUGGCAACACAUCGAGUGUACCAAGGCAGACCCGGCAGUAGAGAACUAUCUCUGCGAGAAGUGUGAUCCACGCGAGAUUAACUACGAGAUUCCGCUGAACGAGUUCACCGAGGAAGGUUAUCAGUACUAUAUCUCGCUUAUGCGUGGUAAGCUACAGAUUCGCCAAACGGACACGGUGUACGUGCUGCGGGACAUUCCGAUGUCACCGGAUCCGGACAAUCCGGGUGCACCGGUUCGGAAGCACACGUACGAAACGAUUGGCAAGAUCGAGUACAGUGAGUGUGACAUCUUUCGCGUGGAGAGCCUGUGGAAGGAUAAGGAGGGACGAAGGUUCGUGUACGGUCAUCAUUAUUUGCGACCGCAUGAAACGUACCACGAGCCGACGCGCCGCUUCUAUCCGAACGAGGUGAUGCGGGUGCCACUGUACGAGGUGAUCCCGAUCGAGCUGGUGGUCGAUCGGUGCUGGGUACUGGAUCCGAUCACAUUCUGCAAAGGUCGGCCGGUCGAUAGUUCCGAGCCGCACGUCUACAUCUGCGAGCUGCGCGUUGAUAAGAGUGCGCGCUUGUUUUCGAAAAUUUCGCGCCACUCGCAUCCGGUUUGCAUGAAGUCGUACGCGUUCCACAAGUUUGAGCAGAAGCUUAAGAUAGCUAAAACAUUCGCGCCUCAUGAUCUAGGGUCGUUGGCACAUCUGCUGUCGAUUCGUGAUAGGCAAAAGAAGGGCUCAAAGAAGGACGAAGGGAACGGUGGACAAACGUUAGCGGGAUCGGCUAGUAGCACUUCCGGUUUCAGUGCAUCUGGAGGCAGCCAUUCGAGUGGAUCGAAAAAGAUGACACCGAUCAUACAGUUGCUGCCACCACCGCCGAAGACUGGCUUGAGCACAGAACGAACCGUCGCGGUUCAGCCUCCGACGGUGGAGGCAAAGCCGAGCAGAUCAAAGACGCUGGCAGAGAAACGCAAUCGACUGGAGCAGGUGCUGUCCCGGUUAAUGCAAAAGCUAACCCUCAACCCGAACGCUUUACCGGUGGUGGACAUAUCCUAUCUGCUGACGGGGCGUGGUGCUCGACUGCGACGCACCAACAACUCGACACCGGUGCCGGUUAUUUGAGAGUGGGUUCGGAAGAGGAGAAAACGGCGUCGCAAAUGGAAGCGAUGCUAUGAUUGAGCGCCUGAUUGCAAGCAGGGCGCUCAUCGUGGUUU